ACCCCACGCUGUGCACACAACCGCACCGCGCUGCCGGGCUCCCUGGCUCCUGGACUACCGCAUCCUCGACAUCAGCUGUUCGCAUAUUGGCCUGUCAAUUGACGACUCACCGCCUUCGACACCCCGUGGCACCCGGCCACUGUCCACGGGUCGCGGAUCCGCCUUCACACCACGAAUAAUCCUUCACUCGCCUUCUCGCGACGGUUGUCAACAACCCCACAAUCCUGCUUGGCGGAGUCUUGGAAGACUCAUCUAUACCGAACCUUGCCCACCAACGCGCUUGCUCUGACGGCUACACCAUGCAUAGCUUGAUCACGCCCGUCUUGGCCCUUGUGCUCGCCAUUGUGUUCGUGCGGCCUGCCGCCGCCGACGCUUUAUUCCAGAGCUAUUGCUCUUCGGAGAACACUGGAUCUGACAGCGACGCAAAGUUCUGGACAUGGCAGUCCAACGGCUGGUGCCACGACCAGUGCGUCUCUAGCUACGCUUUCGCUAUCGUCCAAGGGAACAACUGCUGGUGCUCUAAUUACGUGCCCGCGGAUACGACAUCUGUCAGCAACUGCAAUGUGAAUUGCCCAGGAUACCCAGACGAGCAAUGCGGCAACGAAGCGGACGGCUUGUUCGGCUACGUCGCAUUGAACAAUAAACCUUCCGGAACCCUGGGAGCAGCUGGCAGUACCAGCAGCAGCGCUAUGGUCAGUACAUCCCAACUUACUACUGCCAUCCCUUCUUCAGCUGCCAUUUCUACGCCCACACCGGAGGUUGGUGCUCCUUCUCUUCCCACCUUGACAUCUCCUAUCUCUUCAUAUCCCUCCAAGACGCAGGCGUCGUCGUUCUCGCAACAGCCAUCCAAGCCCACGCAUAAAUCUCCAUCACCAUCAACUUUCCUGAUCAUACGCUCAACUUCGCUGGUGAUUGUUUCAUCUUUCGUUGUCCUGUCAACGUACCUUACUAUUCCAUUUGUGAGUUCUUCGGCUCCGCCAAGCUCUUCUUCCCCACAGUCUCACGAUGACCCAGAGACUGUUUUCCGAACAGUCACUGAAACACCAUCGCAAGCUGUAUCCUCGGCAGUUCUUGUAUCUUCGACAGUCAUUUCGUCAUCAUCAUCAUCUUCAGCGCAGAAGACCUCGGUUGCCCCUUCCACCACCACCCAAGCACCAAGCAGCAGCACCACCUCCUCUGCUACAUCUUGGACGCCUACCCCAAUCACGAGUGUUCAGAUUGUUACUGUCAGCGGAAGCGUAGUAACCAAGACGGUCACUGGCAUGUCGACGCAGCCAGCCGAGAUCGUACAAAAGAAGCACUCUACCUCUGGAGGAGCUAUCGCCGGUGCUGUGAUUGGAUCGCUUGCUGGCCUCGCCUUAGUUGGCGCAUUGCUGUUUUGGUUCUUCUUCUGGCGAAAGCGACAGUCAGACAAGACCAAGGAUUCGGAGGCCGCGGGAAAUCCGCCACAAAGAAACACGAGCACAAUGAGCCGGACUGGCCUCCUGGGGAAGUCGGAAAAGCCGUCUUAUCCUCCAGUGAUAACGAACCUCAAGCGUAGCAGUACGCAAGCACUGGAUCAGUCAGCCUCGAUCAGCCCGGCGUCCGACAGGCGUAACAGCCGGCCGCUAUUCUACGACCAGCGCCUCAAUCCCUCGGCGCUCAUGGACCUGGACAACGGCAGUCACACAAGUAUACUUACCAUCGAGGACAACCGUGACUACACCAGGACGCUCAAUGUCCGAAAUCCUGAUCCGUCGAAUCCCUGAGGUCUUCGCCUUUGGCACCACUUUACUCUUCUACCUCACCCAUUGAAUUGAGCAUGUCUUAGCAUUGGCGUAUCGGCGUUGUUUUUUGCAUUCAGCAUGGCUGGUGGUGUUAUUUUGGGACGGCGGACUUUAGAUCAUUUGCCUCUCAUGCACGGAACAUGGAUUCUCGAGA